GGGUGGGCGAUGGACGGGUCUGCAUGAGACACUGGUGUCUCGAGAGGAUGUCUGUGAAUGUUGCCACUUGUAGCUUUGGGAUUAAGCCUUUGGGUAUUGUUGCUACUGUGGAAGAUUAAUACCAAGACCUUAGCAAUGCCCGAGAAAGGAGAGGAAUCUCCAGUUGACUGUGGUUCCUGUGCAGCCCAGGAGGAGAGGCCCGCUACACGCACCUCUCCUCCUGACAAACAUUCCAUGGCAACAGUCCCUGCUACCUCCACACACCAUGAGGAGAACAAACCUCAGGCCGGCACUGCCUCAGCUGCGUGUCUAGAAGUCAAAACAGUGGAGGCCAAACAUCUGCAGGCCUCUUCUGAGGCGAACGCCGAUCAACCAUCAUCAUCAUCAUCGUCGUUGUCAUCAUCAUCGUCCAUCUCCCAGACAGCUUCCAAACCCACUGUGCCAAAGCUCAGCUCAGGCCCUGAGGCCCGGGAGCGCCUCAAGUUCAUUCUGGGAGCAUCAGAGGAUAAUUCUUCAGAUGAGGAGCCUCUGGUGACCAAACCUCCCACUGGUGCAUCUCAGCCACCAGCCUCCACCUCCUCCCUUUUCUCUCAGCAGGUGUCCUCUGCAGCACCGCGUUCCAGCUCGUCAGGCAUGAAGACUAGCAUGUCUGGUCCUCACUUGGUGAAAAAAGGACGAGAACACAGAAAAAUGGAUCUGCAGAGGGACUUCACCGUGGCCUCUCCUGCUGAGUUUGUCACCCGCUUUGGUGGCAACCGGGUCAUUGAUAAAGUGCUAAUAGCUAACAACGGUAUAGCUGCAGUCAAGUGUAUGCGUUCCAUCCGUCGCUGGUCCUAUGAAAUGUUUCGUAAUGAGAGGACCAUCCGUUUUGUCGUCAUGGUAACCCCUGAAGACUUGAAAGCCAAUGCAGAGUACAUCAAAAUGGCAGACCAUUAUGUACCUGUGCCUGGUGGGCCUAACAAUAACAACUAUGCUAAUGUAGAGCUGAUAGUGGACAUUGCCAAAAGAAUCCCAGUGCAGGCUGUGUGGGCCGGCUGGGGCCAUGCCUCAGAAAAUCCCAAACUGCCUGAGCUGCUGAACAAGGCAGGAAUAUCAUUCUUAGGGCCGUCGAGUAAGGCCAUGUGGGCUCUCGGAGAUAAGGUGGCUUCAUCCAUUGUGGCCCAGACUGCUGACAUUCCCACACUGCCAUGGAGCGGAUCAGGUCUGAAGGUGGACUGGGGAGAGGAGGACCAAAGACUUGGCAAUGUAAUCAGUGUUCCUCCAGAGAUCUACACACAUGGCUGUGUUCGUGAUGUAGAUGAUGGGCUCGCAGGGGCUGAGAGAAUUGGUUAUCCUGUUGUUAUCAAGGCCUCUGAGGGUGGAGGUGGAAAGGGUAUCCGGAAAGUAGAAAGUUCUGAGGACUUUCCAAACUUCUUUAGACAGGUUCAGGCUGAGGUACCCGGCUCGCCCAUCUUCAUCAUGCAGCUGGCCCAGCAGGCGAGGCACCUCGAGGUCCAGAUUCUGGCUGACCAGUAUGGCAACGCAAUCUCACUAUUUGGACGAGACUGCUCCAUUCAGAGAAGGCAUCAGAAGAUUAUAGAAGAGGCCCCGGCUACCAUAGCAGCCCCCUCAACAUUUGAGCAGAUGGAACGGUACGCUGUGCGGCUGGCUAAGAUGGUGGGCUAUGUGAGCGCAGGAACUGUAGAGUACCUCUUUUCUGAGGAUGGAAGCUUCCAUUUUCUGGAGCUGAACCCGCGCUUGCAGGUGGAGCACCCCUGUACAGAGAUGAUCGGAGAUGUCAACCUGCCUGCAGCACAGCUUCAGAUUGCAAUGGGGAUCCCCCUCCAUAGAAUUAAAGACAUUCGCUUGUUAUAUGGAGAAACACCAUGGGGCGACACCACCAUUAACUUUGAAGCUCCAGAUUGCAUUCCCAGUCCAAGAGGGCAUGUUAUAGCUGCUCGGAUCACAAGUGAGAACCCUGAUGAGGGAUUCAAGCCCAGUUCAGGCACUGUACAGGAACUGAACUUCCGCAGCAGUAAAAAUGUCUGGGGUUACUUCAGUGUUGGGGCCACUGGUGGCCUGCAUGAGUUUGCUGACUCCCAGUUUGGACACUGUUUUUCCUGGGGCGAGAACCGUGAAGAAGCUAUUUCGAACAUGGUGGUGGCUAUGAAGGAGCUGUCCAUCAGAGGUGACUUCAGGACCACAGUUGAAUAUCUCAUUAAGUUACUAGAGACAGAAAGUUUCCGAAACAAUGACAUCAACACCGGCUGGCUGGAUCACCUCAUUGCAGAGAAAGUGCAGGCUGAAAGACCAGACACCAUGCUGGGCAUUGUCUGUGGGGCUUUACAUGUUGCCGAUGCCAGCUUCAGAAAGAGCAUGUCUGACUUCCUACAUUCACUGGAAAGAGGCCAGGUCCUGCCAGCGGCCAGCCUCCUCAACUCUGUCAAUGUGGACCUCAUAUAUGAAGGAGUCAAAUUCUGCCUCAAGGUUGCUCGCCAGUCCCCAACAACUUAUGUCAUCAUCAUGAAUGGCUCGGACAUUGAGAUUGAUGUCCACAGGCUGAAUGAUGGUGGCCUCCUGCUGUCCUACGAUGGCAGCAGCCACACCACCUACAUGAAGGAGGAAGUGGACAGUUACCGCAUCACUGUCGGGAACAAGACAUGCGUGUUUGAGAAGGAGAAGGAUCCCACAGUGUUGAGGUCGCCCUCUGCUGGUAAAUUCUUGCAAUAUGUGGUUGAUGAUGGAGGCCAUUUAUCUGCAGGAGAUUCCUAUGCGGAGAUUGAGGUGAUGAAGAUGGUGAUGGCUCUAACAGUACAGGAGUCUGGUUGUAUUCACUUUGUAAAGAGGCCUGGAGCGGUUCUGGAGCCCGGCUGCAUAGUGGCCCGUAUGGAACUGGACGACCCCAGCAGUAUCCAUCCGGUGGAGCUUAACACAGCCUCUCUGCCACCCCAACAACCACUGCCCAUUGUAGGAGAGAAGCUUCACCAGGUUUUCCACAGUGUGCUAGAGAACCUGAUCAAAGUCAUGGAUGGAUACUGCCUCGCAGAGCCCUACUUCAGCAGCAAGGUGAAGCAGUGGGUUGCUACCCUGAUGAAGACACUAAGGGACCCCUCCUUGCCGCUGUUGGAACUGCAGGAGAUCAUGACCAGUGUUGCAGGUCGCGUUCCCCCCGCUGUGGACAAAGCCAUCCGUAAAAUCAUGGCCCAGUAUGCGAGCAACAUCACCUCUGUCCUCUGCCAGUUUCCCAGCCAAAGGAUUGCCAACAUCCUAGACAGCCACGCAGCCACUUUACAGAGGAAAGCUGAUCGAGAGGUUUUCUUCAUGAACACUCAGAGUAUUGUACAGUUGGUGCAAAGGUACCGCAGUGGAAUCCGUGGCUAUAUGAAGUCUGUGGUUCUGGAUCUGCUGAGGCGCUACCUGCAAGUGGAGAUGCAGUUUCAGCAAGCUCACUAUGACAAGUGUGUCAUCAACCUGAGAGAGCACUACAAGCCUGACAUGACUCCCGUUCUCGAGUACAUCUUCUCUCAUUCCCAGGUCUCCAAGAAGAACAUCCUCGUCACGAUGCUCAUAGACCAACUUUGUGGAAGGGAUCCCACGCUAGCAGACGAGCUGAUGGCCAUCCUGAAUGAGCUCACGCAGCUUAGCAAGAUGGAGAACUCAAAGGUGGCCCUGAGAGCCAGACAGGUCUUGAUAGCCUCACAUUUACCAUCCUAUGAGCUGAGGCACAACCAGGUGGAGUCCAUCUUCCUGUCAGCCAUUGAUAUGUAUGGCCAUCAGUUUUGCCCAGAGAACCUGAAGAAACUCAUCCUCUCUGAGACUUCCAUUUUUGACGUCUUGCCCAAUUUCUUCUACCACUCCAAUCAAGUUGUGUGCAUGGCUGCCUUGGAGGUGUAUGUACGCAGAGCCUACAUUGCCUACGAGCUGAACAGCCUCCAGCAUCACCAGCUGCAGGAUGGGACAUGUGCCGUCGACUUCCAGUUUAUGUUGCCGUCUUCCCACCCGAACAGAGGGAGCAGCCCUACUCUGAACAGGGUUGCCGUCCCUAUGAACAGCUCAGGACAGCUUGAAAUGAGGCGGCAAAGCAGUGAGCUCUUCCUGGAGGGGGCGCUGUCACCACCUUGUCAGCGCAUGGGUGCCAUGGUGGCCUUUGAGUGUUUCGAUGACUUCAAAAAGAACUUUGAUGAGGUCAUCUCCAGCUUUGCAGAUCCACUCCUGGAGAGCCCGCUGUUCUCAGAGGUCUGCUCCAGUCUCUACGAUGAAGACAACUGCAAGAACAUGAGGGAGAACCCAAUCCACAUCAUUAAUGUGUCCAUAAAAUCAGCAGACACAGAAGAUGAUGAUGCUCUGGUCACAGCCUUCACUGCCUACGCCCAAUCCAAGAAAGCACUUCUCUUUGAGUACGGCAUCAGGAGGAUCACAUUUUUGAUAGCACAGAAGAGAGAAUUCCCCAAGUUCUUCACUUUCAGAGCCAGAGACGGGUUCCAGGAGGAUCGUAUUUACCGUAAUCUGGAGCCAGCGUUGGCCUUCCAGCUGGAGCUCAACCGCAUGAGAAACUUUGACCUGACAGCCGUCCCCUGUGCCAACCACAAGAUGCACCUGUAUCUGGGUGCCGCUCGUGUUCAGGAGGGUGCUGAAGUGACUGACUACCGCUUCUUCAUCCGCGCUAUCAUCCGCCACUCAGAUUUAAUCACAAAGGAAGCCUCCUUUGAAUACUUACAAAAUGAGGGAGAGCGACUUCUGCUGGAAGCUAUGGAUGAGCUGGAGGUGGCUUUCAGCAACACCACUGUCCGCACAGACUGCAACCACAUCUUCCUCAACUUUGUACCCACCGUCAUUAUGGACCCCUCCAAAAUAGAGGAGUCUGUCCGCUCCAUGGUGAUGCGCUACGGCAGCCGUCUGUGGAAGCUGCGGGUCCUGCAGGCUGAGCUGAAGAUCAACAUACGUCUGACACCGACUGGGAAUGCCAUUCCAAUCCGUCUUUUCCUCACCAAUGAGUCUGGUUAUUAUUUGGACAUCAGCAUAUAUAAGGAGGUCACUGACCUGGUGUCUGGACAGAUCAUGUUCCAGUCAUAUGGAGACAAGCAGGGUCUCCUGCACGGUAUGCUGAUCAACACUCCCUAUGUGACCAAAGACCUGCUGCAGGCCAAGCGUUUCCAGGCCCAGACUCUGGGCACCACAUAUGUCUAUGACUUCCCUGAGAUGUUUAGACAGGCGCUAUUCAAGCUGUGGGGUCCAGGGGACAAAUAUCCUAAAGAUGUGCUGAUGUGUUCAGAGCUGGUUCUGGACUCACAAGGUCGACUGACGCAGUUGAACCGUCUACCUGGAGACAAUGAUGUGGGAAUGGUUGCAUUCAGGAUGAGGAUGAAGACUCCAGAGUACCCCGAGGGUCGGGAGAUCAUUGUCAUCUGUAACGACAUCACCCACAUGAUUGGAUCCUUUGGGCCUCAAGAGGAUGAGCUGUUCCUUAAAGCGUCUGAGCUGGCUCGGGCUGAGGGCAUUCCCCGCAUUUACAUUGCAGCCAACAGCGGAGCACGCAUUGGCCUGGCUGAAGAGAUCAGACACAUGUUCCAGGUGGCCUGGAUUGACCCCACUGACCCCUUCAAGGGUUUCAAGUACCUUUACCUGACACCACAGGACUACAAACGUAUCAGCUCCACCAACGCUGUGCACUGUCACCAUGUAGAGGAAGGCGGAGAGUCCAGGUACAUCAUCACUGACAUCAUCGGCAAGGAUGAAGGUCUCGGGGUUGAGAAUUUGCGAGGUUCUGGCACCAUCGCUGGAGAAUCCUCUCAGGCCUAUGAGGAGAUUAUUACCAUCAGUAUGGUGACAUGCCGCGCCAUUGGAAUUGGAGCUUACCUGGUCCGUCUAGGACAGAGAGUUAUCCAGGUGGAGAACUCGCACAUCAUCCUGACUGGAGCCGGUGCUCUCAACAAGGUUCUGGGUAGGGAGGUUUACACAUCCAACAACCAGCUGGGAGGGAUCCAGAUCAUGCACAAUAAUGGAGUCACACACACUACUGUGCCAGACGACUUUGAGGGUGUCUUCACCAUCCUCCAGUGGCUCUCCUAUAUGCCAGAGAAUAAUCAUUCCCCUGUGCCUGUGAUAGCAACUAAGGACCCAGUAGACAGAGAGAUAGAUUUCACCCCCACAAAAGCUCCGUAUGACCCCCGCUGGAUGCUGGCUGGGAGGCCCCAUCCCACUGUGAAGGGGGCCUGGCAGAGUGGAUUCUUUGACCAUGGCUCAUUCAUGGAGGUCAUGGGCUCUUGGGCUCAGACGGUGGUCGUGGGCAGAGCUCGAUUAGGUGGAAUUCCCCUUGGUGUGAUUGCUGUGGAAACACGGACUGUGGAGCUCACCGUCCCAGCAGAUCCGGCCAAUUUGGAUUCAGAAUCUAGAUUCAUGCAGCAGGCCGGACAGGUGUGGUUCCCAGACUCAGCCUUCAAAACAGCUCAGGCCAUUUGCGACUUCAACCGUGAGCGUCUGCCGCUCAUGGUGUUUGCCAAUUGGAGGGGCUUCUCUGGGGGAAUGAAGGAUAUGUACGACCAGGUGCUGAAGUUUGGAGCCUACAUUGUGGACGGCCUCCGUGAGUUCCACCAGCCGGUGUUAGUGUACAUCCCGCCCCAUGCUGAGCUGAGAGGUGGGUCCUGGGUGGUGAUUGAUCCCACCAUCAACCCCCUGUGUAUGGAGCUUUACGCUGACAGGGAGAGCAGAGGGGGCGUCCUAGAGGCAGAAGGUACCGUGGAGAUUAAAUUCAGGAGGAAGGACCUGGUGAAGACCAUGAAAAGGCUAGAUUCAGUUUAUGCCAGUCUGGUUGAGCAACUAGGUACCCCAGAGCUGUCAGACAAACAGCACAGAGAGCUGGAGUCCAAGCUGAGAGCUAGAGAGGAGUUCCUGUUGCCCAUCUACCACCAGGUGGCAGUGCAGUUUGUGGAUCUCCACGACACCCCUGGCAGGAUGCAGGAGAAGGGCGUCAUCACUGAUAUUUUGGAUUGGAAGAACGUGAGGAGCUUCUUCUACUGGCGGCUGCGUCGCCUCCUGUUGGAACAGGUGGUGAAGUGUGAGAUCCUGCAGGCCAACAAAGACCUCAGCGACGGACACAUACAGUCCAUGCUGCGGCGCUGGUUUGUGGAAACAGAGGGAACUGUCAAGGCCUACCUCUGGGACAAUAACCAAGCUGUUGUGGAGUGGCUUGAGAAACAUUUGUCCAAGGAGGACGGCACUCGAUCAGCUAUUCGCGAGAACAUCAAGUACUUGAAAAGGGAUUACACUUUGAAACAUAUUCGCAGUCUGAUACAGGCCAACCCUGAUGUAGCCAUGGACUGCAUCAUCCACAUGAGCCAGAACAUCACUCCCUCCCAGAGGGCCAAGAUCUCCCAUCUGCUUGCAACCAUGGACAACACCAGCACUAGUUAAGCUUGUAAGGGUGUAAUGAUUGUAUGCUAUAUAAAGCCAUCUGAUGAUCUGUUGUGGGUUAUUAGGUAUCUGUUAAAGUGUGUGGGUGUAGAGGCACAUGGGUACAAACUGUGUGAUUGUAAACAAGUGAAGAGUACAAAGAUAAAGCCAAAAAAAAUCAUGUCUGAUUCUCAGGAUAAUAGUCAAGGCUAUGCUUUCUAAUAAUGCAAGCACAAAAAAGACUGAUAGCAAUUACCACUUUACACUACAUGCAGCUUUUUGUCUGUUUAGUCGUCUCCAUCAAUGGAUAUCUGUAGCAGUAGGAAUAAUGAAGUCUGUUAUUUCACCGACUCAGUUUAACCGGUCCUGCUUUUUGGUCCAAACUAUAUCAUUACCAUGCACAUUUCACUUGACUGUAUUUGUACAUAUGGUGUGUCUCUCAGAAACUCUAGGUGCAGUGUUAUAUUUGCCUUAUCAGUGCUUUAUCCAGCCAGUUAAUACUGAAGUAAUAUACUGCCAAAAUUCAUUAAGGGCAUGACUUCACAUUCAGGUGCUGGUUGUCAUGUUCAGUUAACGGUGUCAAAAAGGAUUCACGUUCACCUUUCAGUGUAGCCGACAUACAAAUGAACACGAACCAACGCUGAACAAGACAAAAACAAAUGCAAUUCAUAAGUAAUAUUGCUGCAUUGGAAAACGUCUUACUGGUAAAAUUAAUUUUCCGUUUUCAUUUCUGUGUUGAAUAAAAAAAAAAGAAGACAUUUUUAUCAGUAUUGCGAGUGCAAUUUAAGUGCAAUUUAAGAGCCAGGUUAAGAUUUUUCUGUUAACCAGUGUGUCCUGAGUGCUGCUUUUCAUUUUUUCAUUUCACUGUGGACAAUGGACGUGGUAGUCCAUCUUUUUUUCAUUGUCAGUUAAUUUAAAAGUGUUUGUGUUUGAAUGUGUUUAUGCUGAGGUCUUUUAAUGUGUGUUAAUACGUUGUUGUGAAUGCUAGGAGAUACUUUAAUCCCAUAUAUUUGAACACUCCUGUUGUUUUUCUUGUUGGUUUUUCUAAUUGCAGUAAUUACAAAACUCAGGUUUUACAAAGGCUAGACUUUGACCAGGGUAAUUUGGCAAAGCUGAGAAUGUAACCAAGUGAUCCUCCAGGUGAUGGCUUGUUCUGCCUUAUGUCCGAUCAAAAUACCAGAAAUGCUGUAUGUUGCCAUGACAUUUCAUUUGAAUGUAUGUAAAAUCAAUCCUGUGUACUGUACAAUACUCCCACCAAGGGCUAUUUGUUAAUAAAUGUGAUCCAUUUAUUUUUGGCAAAA